GAACAAGGCCUCUGAGAUUCAGAUCUGGAGAUUUGGUGAUUUUGAGUCUUUUCAUUUUCAUUUGAUUUGAUUGCUUGUCUACUUUUGUUUAUUUGUUUUAGUUGCUUUGUUGGAGAUAUGAGAAAGGCAAAAUGAGAUCUUGGCACCACAAUUUGGAACAAAAAGAGAAGAUCUGGUUGAAGAUUGAGAAUCGAUUGUUGGACUAUAGAUAUCAUGGUGGCAAGAGAGGUGUUGGUUUUGCCGAAUAUGAAUCAAAGACUACUCUGAGUACUCAUUGGAUGCUGUGCUUAUCAAACUCCACCAUCAAUAAGGAAACCUAUGCCGACUAUAGGGAUUUUGUGGACGCAAGGCCUGAAGUAGGAGGAAUUGUGGAUGCGUGGUGGCAGGAAGGCAUCGUAAUUGGAUGCGAUAAACUUCCGCUCUACUUCCCGGGUGAGAAAAAGUUUUUGUCGGCAGAGCAGCUGCUGGAGCUCCUGACCACACCCCAAACUCAGCCACUGCUUCUUGAUAAUGCUUUAGAUGAGGUUUUUGGGGCUACAUAUGUGAGCAUCGAUGUGCUUGAGAACAAUACUACUAGGUGGCAGUUCAAGAAUCUUAAAGUAGUAUUGAUGAAUCUGAAGACCAAGAUUCAUGCCCGUGGGUCAUUUGGUCCUGAUUUCCAACAGACGAAGUUCCAGAACUCUUUAAAAUGGUUAAGGGAUGUGGUGCGGAAGUUACAUUCGACAUAUAAAAGACGGCAUGAUGCUGCUGGUGACGUGAUACACAUAUAUGCGCAAACAAAGUGUUUUCUCCGACUAAGGAAAUACAAGAAAGUAGUAUCUCCCCCCAUUCACAUUACUCCACAAGACCUCAGCCCAAAGUAUGCUGAGAAAUUGGGUUCAGGUGUACACAAAUACCACAAAACAUAUAGAGAUUCAUAUUGUAUAGGACAGCUAAUGUUUUGGUAUUCCAAUAUCCCGACCCAAAUAUUUUGCUGGCUGAAUCAAGUAGGGGAUGCCUGUCCUUACCCAAAUCCCAGAAGCCAUCACAACAACUUGUUUACUGCUGACGGACAGUGAAGUUUAUGCUUUCUAUGAUG